AGUGGUAUGGUCCAAUAGUUUGUGGUUCAGUGUUGGUGGAAGACCAGAAAGUUUAAAAACCAAUACAGGCGGACGGGGAGAAGUAGUUGUCCUGAUUACAACUGUAAAUAUUUGAUACCUAAAUUAAGCUUGUUUGUUUCAACGUGUCUUGCAAAGACUUACGACGGAUGUAGCUUUCGCUUAACAUAAUGACAAAACAUGGACAAGCUGCCCUGGCACAGAUAACAAUUCAUAGAUAAAAAAAAAGAGAGAAGAAAAGAGUGAAGCAGAAGAACAGAUACAGCCACUUAUCGCAGUCAUUCAGCAGACAUCAUGUCCACCUUGAUAAAACAAGAGAGAACCAUUUGUGUUGUCCUACCCAACAAAGACCAGCUGGACAUCACCGUCAGACCAAAAUCCACAGGGAAGGAUGUUUUCAACCGUGUCACAGAGCUUCUUGGACUCAAAGAGCUUCACUUCUUUGGCCUCACUGUGGUGAAGGACAAUGAGCACAUAUUUUUAGACAUGGAGGAGAAACUGACCAAGUACUUUCCAAAGGAUUGGAGGCAGGAUUCAGGGAAGGCCAUACAGAAGAGACCAUUGCCUCUAAUACUUUGCCUGAAAGUGCAGUACUAUGUAGAGAAUGGAAGACUCCUUUGUGAACGAAGGGUACGACAUCUAUACUACUCGGAUUUGCGCGAGCGGGUGCUCCGCUCUGAGUGUCGUCAGCAGGAGGAGGUUUACUUCCAGCUGGCAGGUUACGCCUUGCAGGCUGACCUCGGUGACCACCCGCUGUCGAAAGAGCACACAGAGUUCACCCCAUAUUUUGAACCCAAGGAUUAUUUCCCCCCCUGGAUUAUAGCAAAACGUGGGAUGAAGUACCUUCUCCGCCAUGGACCCAAAGUACAUAAGGAUCUAUGGGGCAUGUCAACACGUGAUGCCGUCUUGUCAUUCAUCAGAGAAUCAUGUCGCCUGGAGGAUGUGCCUGUGACAUUUUACAGAUUGCAAAAGGACAAGAAGGAGGAGAGAGGAACGGCGUUGCUCGGCUUGACCCUGCGAGGAAUGCAGGUUUAUCAGGAAGUGAACAACAUGCGACAGCUGCUGUACAACUUUCCUUGGUCAAAUGUGGGACGUCUCACUUUUCUGGGAAAGAAAUUUGAGAUCCAGCCAGAUGGUCUGCCCUCAGCCAGGAAGCUGGUUUACUACACGGGCUCAUCGUUUCGCUCCCGCCACCUGCUGCUCCACCUGAGCAGCAGCCAUCGCCUUUAUCUCAGCCUCCAGCCUGCCCUCAAACACCUACGCCAGUUGGAGGAGAGUGAAGAGAAAAAGCGCUACAGAGAAUCGUACAUCAGUGACGACCUGGACUUGGACCCUCACGGCAGCGAGAGCAGCCCUGGUCUGUCACGACAUUCAACCAGCAGCUCUGGCAUUGAAGCUGAUGGACGUCAACACAGCGUCUCUACAGACAUGGCCUCCCUGGAGGAGGAGAGUCAGCAGUACGGAGAGAAGUGUUUCAUCUCAGCAGCAAAUCACGGCAGCUCCUGCAGCAGUGACUUGAAAACAGGCAGCAAAACUGUGGUCAAAGAUGAGGAAUGUGGAGAAGAAGGUAUAGAGACAAGUGUCCAACAACCACAGGAGGUUCUUGUGGAUGAACCUGAGGAGAUGUUCCAUUUAGCUGAUCUAGUCGAAGGUGUGUCUGUGGAUUGUCCAGAACUCUGCUCAGUCACUCAUUCUUCAGACAAUAAAGUGUCUUCCUUCCACAAUAAUGAUUCUCUUGGAGAACUGCACAAAGACGAUAGAUUACAACAGGUACUGAAUUCGAGGUUGCACAUAUGUGUGGAUCGGCACAGCCACAGCCUGGAUGACGUUAGUCUCUUUCCCCCUCAGGCACCUCUCGGGGGAAAACUGCUGCCUGAUUCUUCCCACAGCUACACAUUUGGGAUCCCAGAUAUCUCCACCAACACAAAAACCCCUCUUGAUCAUAGCUACUAUGUCCCGUUGCAGUGCCAAGCCAAACCGUCUUUUUACGGCCGCAGGUCUGCAAACAGCCUUUCACUGGACACGUUAGGUGAUGAACAGUUUUUGGAAUUCAUUCUUUGAAUUCUGUCCUUUAACAAACCUAAACCUGAUUUUUCAAACACAAUUUUGUGUGAUGAUGAAUACAAGAAUGCACCUCGGUAUUCAGUGAGCACACUGUCAAUGUUCUUGCAAAGAGAUGUGGACUUAACAACACGUCAAAUUCAGCAUCAUUUCAGUCCAUAUACAUAUUUAUUGAUGUAUAUAUUGUAUAUACAUUACUUGCACUAUUUUAUUAAGUUUUUUGACCUUGUAUCUUUUAUUAUUUUUUAACAUACUGCUUUUGUUUAAUUCAAAUAUCUUGAGUUCUGGAGAAUAAAAUUAGAGGCUAAAAUUAGAACAUUCAAUAUUGGAGUUUUAAGAUGUGACUUUCUCAAUUUUUAUUUACUUUAACCAUUCGUUUUUAAUUCUUCAAUUUCCUUGAAGUCAUCUCGAGAAGCCAGGUGCUUACUAUUUGAUCCUGUAUUUCCUUGGCCCAUGUUUUUAAUCAGUAUUUCAGAUUGUGUUGUUUUAGGUGCCGUGUUCUGUUUUCCUGAAAGCUGCCACAGCAUGGCAACUAAUGAUGGGGAAAAUGAAAUGUCUUUUAUUCAAAGCUUCCAUUUCCUUUGUUCCACUUUUCUAAUUACUUCAGCAGAGAUUUUUUGGGGGGAAGUGCUAUUUCUGUAACCAGCGAGUGUGUAAAGAAUCUGCAGUAUUUUUGUAUUAUAUAACCCCUAAAACAAACAAGCCUUUCUGACCAGUUUUCUCAGGCAUUAUAUAACUGAUUUUCAACUAGCUAACAAGCUGCCUUCAGUCAAGUCACUGAAAAAGAAUGUCAGUUCUGUAAACACAGAGACGCUCUUACUGUAUUUCAUUUUCAUGAAUGUAUGAAUUAACUGAGAGUGGUAUAACACAACUUUGAACAAUUCCUUUUUAUUCAAGCACUGCUUUUAUUAUAUAAAAAUAAAUUCUUAACAGUACCUAUGGAACAAAUUGUCAUUUUUAAACUACAAUCUCAGUAUUGACAUUACCAAAUAUUCACAUGCUAAUGAAAAUGGUAUUUACUAGAAUAAUUUUGUAUGGAGCAAACAUGCAGUACAUGUUCCCCCUUGUUCACA